AUGGAAGAAGAAAAGAUUAUUGAAUCAGGGGAAGUAAUAUAUAAUAAUGAAAAAGGGAAUUUAUUUAUCACAAACAAGUUUCUUAUCUACAUAUCUGAUAAAACAAAAAAUGAAAAGGAAACGAGCAAUUCUCUUUUUUUAAUCGAUGAUAUUGAUUUGAAGGUUUGUAUAUUUAGUUGGAAAAAAACAGAAAAAUCUAAAAAAAAAAAUAAAAUACGGUUAACAUUUGCCUUAACAAGUAAGAAAAAUAAUUUUUGUUUUCAUGAUUAUAAUAAUUCAGAGUCAUAUAUUUUCGAAUUUUUAAAUGAGCGUAAUUAUAAUACAGUAACAGAAGCAAUUAAUUAUUUAAAUAAAGAUAAUUUAAAAAAUCAUAUAUAUAUAGAUUUUAAUUUAAACUUAAUAAAAAAUAAAUAUAACGUUUAUGAAGAUGGACAAUCAACAGAAGGAAAUAAUCAACCUAUAAAUAUCGACGACGAGACAAAUGCAUAUAACACACCUAUUAUCAUUGAUGAAUAUAUUACAAAGGGAACAAGUAUUAAUGAUAGUGGGAAAAAAGAUGACUGUAUAAUUAUUGAGGAUAAUUAUGAUGGAUAUAAUGAGCAAUAUAAUCGUAGAUUAAAUGCAAAUGAAACUGAUAGAAAAAAUGACGACGGUGUAGAAAUACAAAAUGAGGAAGAAGAAGAAAGUGAAGAAGACUAUGAAAAUGAAAUGAUGAAAGAAUGUCAUGUUGUAUUAAAUAAAAUAUUUGAAUCGGAUGAACGUUUAAAAAACUUAUAUAGAAUGUGUAUAGAAAAUGAUAUAUUAGAUGAAAAAGAGUUUUAUAAAAUUCAUAAAAAUGAUAUAUAUGAGCAUAAAUAUAUUCUUUCAAGUAAUGACAAAAACAUAUUAAAAGAACCUAUAUAUAUAUCUGAAGAACAAAAAAUUAAUAAAAAUGUUGAAAUAAAUAAAGAAGUUAGUAAAUUAAUUUUAUCUGAAAAUAAAAAAUUAAAAAAAUUACAUGAUUAUUAUAUUGAAAAUAAUAUAUUAAAUGAAGGAACAUUCUGGUAUUUUUUAUUUAACAAUAAAUAUAGCCAUUUAUUUUUUUAUGACAAAAACGAAAAAGACAUUAUGGCAAAUAAAAACUUUUUAAAUAUUCAACAAACUAACCAACAUUCUUUUGAAAAUUUAAUGUAUAACCUUGAAAAUGUUAAUCAAGAUAUUAAAGGAACAUUAGAAAAAUGUAUAUUGUCAGAAUAUUUAUCAACAAAAUCCUCUGACAAAAAAAAUCUUAUAUUCAAAAAUAAUUAUUAUUUUAAUGAAGAAAACCCUGAAGGAUUUGGUAUAUUAACCAAUGAAAAAUUAAUAACAAAUAAUCAUAAUUCAUUAAACUUAUUAAUCAAUAAAUUUAAUAAUUAUUGUAUCCGUAUGGUUAAAGAAAAAAAAUUUACUAUAGAUCAAUUUUAUGAUGAUCUAAAUGAAAAAAUUAAUGAUACAAAUUUAUCUGAUGAUACUCACGAAAAAAAAGAAUUAUUAUUUAAUCUUGAAAAAAAAAAAAACAAUCUAUGUAACUUACAAAAUGAAGACAAAGGUGCUACUAAAGAUUUAUUACAAAAUAAAGAAAAUUUAGACAAACAAUUUUCUAUUUUUAUGGACGAUUUGAUAACAAAUAAACAUAAUACUUCAAAAAAUUAUUCGGAUCUCUUUGCUAUAGGUAGACAGCUUUUUGUCCUUAAUACAAAAAAGUGUCAAAGCAACCAAUCGCUUCUCAUUGGAACGAUUGAUUAUGAGCAGCAUAUUCUCGAUAUUGUAAAAGACUAUCACGUGAAAAUUAAUUAUUUACUCAACUUGUUUUACACUUCCUAUAUUCCGGAACAAAAUAAAAGAGAUAAAAUUCUUGAAAAUCUUUCAAAGAUAAAGGAUGAGAUCCAAGCCAAGCAGGAAGAGUAUAAUAGUGUAUUAAUUAUGGGUAAACCACUAUUAAUUCAUUUAUUUGAGCAAAUAACGAUAUGCAAAAAAUUUAAUGAAAAACUUAAUAAGUACAUUCAAGAAAAAAGGAAAAAAACAUAG